ACGGGACAAAAACUAGUAUAUAUUUAUUUAGUAACGAAAACACCAAAAAAUAAGCUAAUUAUUAGACUCUCUUUCAACAUAGCGUCGGCUGGUUGAUCUUUUUGGAGAGAGAAAACAGAGACGGCGAUGAACGGAGCGAGAUUAGGGGGGAAAAUCACCUGCGCCGCUUCGCUAUUUAUCUAUUCAUAGCUCGUCCGACGAUUUUGAUAGUAAGCCUCUCGAUUUUUGAAUUCUUUGCGCGCGGAGGGUGGGUGAAUUGAAGGAGAUAUACGAUUUCAAUUUCCUUUUCUUCUCUUUUCUAGGGUUUCACGUUUCGUUUGGAGAUCGUGUUGAUUUUGGGGGGUUUUCUCUAUUUUUCUUAUUUUGAAGCAAAUAGGGUUUAUUGAUUGGUGGGAGGCCUUUUCUUUUCGGAUUAUGUGCUGUUCCAGAUCCGAUUCGAAUCCCAAAUUCAAAAUAUCAAUUCUUUUUUUUUUCUUCUCUGUAUUAAAUAGGCUUGUGGGUUUGGUUGUUGGAAAACCUGUAGAUUCUGUUUAACAAUUGUUGAUUAUGGCUGUUGGAAAACCUGGGCCAUACAGAGGCAACGAAUUUAGGGGCCGUGAGGGUGAUUUUGGGAUGCCGAGGAGAGGCAAUGGGUAUACGAAAGUGGAAUAUGAUCGCGUUCGGAAUGGGGAUUGGGAUUAUGAGAGGGGCUAUGGUCGGGGCCGGGAUCGAGAUAGUCGGGAGGUUAGAGUCAAGGAAAGGGAGGUGAUGAAUGGUAGCUAUCACUCCAUAUCUAGCCGAAGUGAUUCUGGAAGUAGCGGUAGUGGUGGUGCAAGGAGACAUGGGCUUGCAGUGAGUGCCAUGGAUCGAGAGCCUGGGGAGCUUUCUAGUGACGGGUCUGAUGUGGCUAUUGAUUCGGAAAGUCAAGCCAAUAGAGUGCCUGAUAUAGAAAUGGUGGAUAAUGCUGAUCAGUCUGCUUCAAUGCAGAACAAGAAGAGGAAGUUUUCGCCAAUUGUUUGGGAUGGAGACCAUAAGGAGGUAAGCAGAACAGAUAAAAGUAACAGCACUGUAGUUACUACUAAUCCAUUACUUGCUUCGGUAAAAUCAUCUCAGCAUUCACUAAAACCAGAAACUGGUGCGCUUGAGAAUGCACGGUCUUCACCCGCAUAUGAGAAUCAGGUUGGUUUAGAAGCAUCGCUUUCUAAAGUUGAGCUGAGAUCUUUGUCUGAAUUCCCAGAUGAAACAUCUUCUAUGCGAACCGAAGAUCAGUGGGUCAAAAAGAUGGAAACAGGGUCUCUGGAAGGUGAUGAUUCUGUUCCCACAAGAACCAUUAAUUCAUCCCGGUGGGCCAAUGAUGCCGACUCCCCUGCCGAUGAAGGUGAAAUUUCGGAUUAUGAAGACAUGCCUAAACUAAACAGGAAUUAUCGUGCAGAAUCAACUGAUCUGAGAAGAUUCAGUAAAUCAAUAAGUCCUGAAGUUGGGGAGGUCAAAAGAGAAGGCUCCGAAGGGUCUGGUGGGAGGUCUUCUAGGUCUGAUGGACUUCUUAGGUCCUCCAGUAGAGAUAGGUAUCAUGAAGAAGAUGACAAUAACGAAUAUAUGGCGAUAGACGAGGAUCGUAAUUUUGAUGGUGCUAGAGCUAGCCAUUCUGAUACAGAUUCUGAGGAUGAUUGUGGUUCUCAUGGUACCUCGGAGCCCCUGCAACUUCCACGAAGAAGUGUUAAUAUGCUUCAAGGUUGCAGAAGAGUCGAUGAGUUUGAGAGACUCAACAAGAUAGAUGAAGGGACAUAUGGGGUUGUAUUUAGGGCCAGGGAUAGGAAGACUGGAGAAAUUGUUGCUCUGAAGCAGGUUAAGAUGGAUAAGGAGAGAGAAGGGUUUCCUUUGACUUCACUGAGGGAGAUAAACAUCCUUUUAUCUUUUGAUCAUCCCUCCAUUGUGGAUGUCAAAGAAGUAGUGGUGGGGAGCAAUCAAGACCACAUCUAUAUGGUUAUGGAGUACAUGGAACACGAUCUUAAGGCAUUGAUGGAGACCAUGAAGCAGCCAUUUAGUCAAAGUGAAGUUAAAUGCCUCAUGCUCCAACUUUUGAGCGGUGUCAACUACCUCCAUGACAAUUGGGUGCUUCACAGAGAUUUGAAAACAUCAAAUUUGCUUUUGAAUAACUGCGGUGAGUUGAAGAUUUGUGACUUUGGUCUUGCUCGUCAAUAUGGGAGCCCACUAAAACCAUAUACGCAGCUGGUGGUUACUCUUUGGUACAGAGCGCCUGAACUUCUUCUGGGAACAAAGCAAUAUUCUACCGCAAUUGACAUGUGGUCCUUGGGGUGCAUUAUGGCUGAGCUGUUAUCAAAAGAGCCUCUUUUCAAUGGGAAGACAGAGUUUGAACAGCUAGGCAAGAUUUUCAAGAUCCUGGGAACCCCUAAUGAGACCAUUUGGCCGGGGUAUUCUAAGCUCCCUGGUGUCAAGGCGAACUUCGUCAAGCAUCAGUACAACCUAUUACGUAGGAAGUUUCCACCAACUUCUUUUACUGGGUCACCCGUGCUUUCUGAUGCUGGAUUUGACCUCAUGAACAAGCUUCUAACUUAUGACCCUGAAAAGCGGAUAUCAGCUAAAGACGCUCUCAACCAUGAAUGGUUCAGUGAAGUUCCACUUCCGAAAUCAAAGGAGUUCAUGCCUACUUUUCCUGCACAUCAUGCACGAGAUAGGCGUAUGAGAAGGGUAAUGAAGAGUCCUGACCCGUUAGAAGAACUACAGAAGCUUCAGCAAGAAGGAUAUGGCACUGGUGUUUUUUCGGUCAAUAAGAUAUGAAUUGGCUUCUUGAUUCUGCAGUAUCGAAUUCGCACGGGAGAGGCAUUUUUGCUGAACUAGGUGCAAACAUUUCCUUGCUCUAUUCAUGAAUCAGACAUCGUGCGUGUUGAAAUUUCUAGUUGGACUUCAGUGAUGUUAAUAACCUGUCUUUGACGUAACUUGCCUGGAAGAGGUGGUGUGUAAAGCGGUGAGGAGAUUCUUGGCUUCUCAUAGUCGAAGAAUGUGACAAAAUGUAGCAUCAGGAGUAUUCAAGCAAGCAGGUUGAGGGCUAUGACCUGGCAAUGUUAGAAACUCAAAAUCACUUUUCCAUUGACAAAUUUUCAUAUUUGUGCUCUGAAGUUCAAGAAAGGUACAUAGCAUGCCUUAUUAUUUGUCUCCUGAACUUGUUCAUUCUAAAUUCUUCUUUCUGUACUUCUUAUGGUCUCUGUUUAAUUUUUGGUUGUCUUUUUAUUUUAUUUUUUUUCCUGUCCAAGGCUUGCAGUGUAGCAUAUCAAUGGAAAUGCAUAUAUUAUGUUUUUCACAACUUCCCAAUUAGUUAAUAUGUUUUUUCUUCUUUUUUUUUCGUAAGUGAAAAUUUAACUCGGCAUAUGAAAACUAUUCCUGGAAACUUUCCCAACUGUUCUGGAGAUGAAUAUGUUGUGCCUUUGCUCUCUUACAAGCAUUCACCUUCAUGAUCAAAGUUUUUUCCGUGCUGAUUAUUCUGGCUCUUUCUUAUCCAACACAAAUAAUUGUUGCCCGAGUGGCCAAUGAUUGUUUGGAAGUGUCAGGUCAUUAGCCUGUGGUGGAAUUCGGUUCAAAAUUGAUGAAUUGUCUCGGACGAAUUGGAGUGUAAAGGAUACAAAAGAUAGCCAGUCAUUUGUUUACGAGCUGUGACCAGAAUCGAUCAAAUUUGCCACACCUCUAGUAUUCUACAUCCAUAGUGUAAUGUUAUGUGGUUGAAUAAAACUUCUAUUAUUAAAAUUUACAUGAACGUUGUACUGCUAUUUGGAGAUUAUUUGGAGAUAAGUGGUACCUUGCUGUAAUGUAAUAUAAUGUUUUUAUUUUUUUUUUCCUUUCUUGGUGUGUUUAAAAAUUUGAAAGCGUG